AUGUUGAAUAUUGUGACAAUCUACGCUAUCUACAAAACUUCGGCAAUCGCUAAAACUUUGAAAACUCUGCUGCUAAGUCUUGCCUGCUCGGAUGUUGCUGUUGGUUUGUUUAGUCAACCAUUAUACACUUUCUCUCUGAUCAACGGGCUUCGAUUACGCAAUACUGGUUGUAUCACUAAACAAUUGGCGACGAUUUUAAGUUAUUUAUUCUCAACUGCUUCGUUCCUUGGUGUUGUGGCUGUAAGUGUAGACAGGUUCUUAGCUGUUCAUCUUCAUCUCAGAUACCAAGAGCUUGUGACUCACAAGCGUGUUGUUGUUGUGGUGAUCAGCAAAUGGUUGUACAGUGCAUUUAUUUCUUUCAUGAUAUUUUGGGUGUUACCUGGUACUCGGCAACUUAUUAAUUCAGUUGCGGUAGCUUUGGGUUUCAUUGUCACACUCGUGGUGUACAUCAGGAUAUAUUUAACUGUCCGACGGCACAAGAAUCAGAUUCAUUCUAUGCAAGUACAAGAAGUAGCUCAUUCUGAUGAAAUAAAAAACUUAAUAAUUAUUAUUAAAUCCACAGUUAGCUUAUUCUACGUAUAUCUCUUAUUGUUAAUUUGUUAUUUGCCUUUUUUCAUUUGCUCGGCUCUUAUUCGAAUGUAUGGCUCGAGUAUCGCUUUAAAACAAUUUUUUCUCUACUCACUGACUCUCAUAUUUCUUAAUUCAUCUUUGAACCCUGUCAUUUACUGCUGGAAGAUGAGACACGUUCGACACGCUAUCAUAGACAUACUGCGAAAGAUGCCUUGGAAGAGAAAUUGGCCAUUACGGAUAAACUACAAUCGAUCAUCGAGUGUCGUCCAUGUUGAUAACUGA